AUGUCCCAUUUUGUUUCUUCACCUGGUGCUAUACCAUCAGAUACUGCACAACUACUCAAUUCACAAGUAUCAUCAUCAUAUGGAAGAGAUGUAUCUACUCCAGCACCAAAUACUACAACUGGACCCAUUAUGUUUUCAGAAAAUGGAUCUACAGCAUUAGGACUGCAACUGCAACUGCAACUGCAACCACAUGUUGUAACUCAACAAAGGCCAAUAGUUGCUGGUAGAAGAAGACAAAUUGCUGCUCCUAAAGUAGUUGAUGUUACUGGUGAAAAAGUUCGUGAAAGUUUCGAAAAUUUUAUCGAGGAGUUUGUUGAUCCCGAACAAUUGGAUAAUGGGUGGGACGGGAAGAUUUACUUGGCGCAGAUUGAAUCAAUGAAGACAUUUGAAUAUAGUACAUUGUACAUUAACUAUCAAGAUUUAAUGUCGAGAGAAAAUGGUGUUCUUGCUACUGCUAUAUCAGAGCAGUAUUAUAGAUUUUACCCAUUUUUACUUAAUGCAUUGAAACGACUGUUGAAAAAAUAUGCUCCACAAUUGCUUCAUACAAAUUUAUUAGGACAGGUGGAGAAUGAUGAACCAGAAAGUGAAAAUAGUUUAUCAACAGCCAGUGCUGCUUCGAAUGAGAGAGUUUUCCAGCUCUCGUUUUUCAAUUUACCAACAGUGCAAAGGAUUAGAGAUGUCCGUUCUAACAAGAUUGGUUCGUUGAUGACCAUCACUGGUACCGUUACUAGAACAUCUGAAGUUAGGCCAGAAUUGUACAUGGGAAGUUUCACUUGUGAUAUGUGUUCAGCAUUAAUUGAAGGGGUGGAACAGAUUUUCAAAUACACUGAGCCUACUUCAUGCCCCUCAUGUGAGAAUCAAUCAUACUUUACCCUAAAUGUGUCCAAAUCAUUAUUUAUCGAUUGGCAAAGAGUCAGGAUCCAAGAAAAUGCCAACGAAAUCCCCACUGGAUCGAUGCCAAGGACAUUGGAUGUUAUUCUCAGAGGUGAAACGGUGGAAAGAGCUAAACCGGGCGACAAGUGUAAAUUUACUGGUUGUGAAAUUGUUAUCCCUGAUGUAUCGCAAUUGGGUUUACCUGGUGUCAAGCCACAAUCAAUCAAGGAAAAUAAGGGAAGCACCGAGUUGAAUUCUGGUGUUUCUGGAUUAAAAACACUUGGUGUUAGAGAUUUAACUUAUAAAUUGGCAUUCAAUGCGUGUCAUGUUUGUUCAAUGAUUAAUAAAGUUGGUAAUGAGCGUGAUGAAGACAAUGACAACUCCGAUGCUUAUUUACUUUCAUUACCACAAUCCGAAGUUGAUGAGUUGAAAGAAAUGGUUAAGGAUGAAUACAUUUAUGACAAAUUGGUGCAAUCGGUAGCUCCUGCGGUAUUUGGUCACGAUACUAUCAAAAAGGGUAUCUUGUUGCAGUUGCUUUCCGGUGUUCACAAGCAAACCGUUGAUGGAAUCAAUUUGAGAGGUGAUAUCAACAUUUGUAUUGUUGGUGAUCCAUCAACUUCCAAAUCGCAAUUUUUGAAAUAUGUUUGUGGAUUUAGUCCUCGUGCUGUUUACACCUCAGGUAAAGCUUCUUCAGCAGCGGGGUUAACUGCUGCAGUAGUGAGAGACGAAGAAAGUGGUGAAUACACAAUUGAAGCUGGUGCAUUGAUGUUGGCCGAUAAUGGAAUUUGUGCUAUUGAUGAAUUUGACAAGAUGGAUAUUGUUGAUCAAGUGGCUAUUCAUGAAGCAAUGGAACAACAAACAAUCUCCAUUGCAAAAGCAGGUAUUCAUGCCACGUUAAAUGCACGUACAUCCAUCUUGGCGGCAGCAAACCCCAUUGGUGGUCGAUACAAUCGUAAAAUUGGCCUUCGAUCAAAUUUGAACAUGUCUGCACCAAUCAUGUCGAGAUUUGAUUUGUUUUUUGUCAUUUUGGAUGAUUGUAAUGAACGUGUUGACACGCAAUUGGCGUCACAUAUUGUUGAUUUGCAUAUGCUUAGAGAUGAUGCCAUUGAUCCACCAUAUUCAGCUGAACAAUUGUCCAGGUACAUCAAGUAUGCAAAGACUUUUAAUCCCAAAAUGACCAAACAAGCUAGAGAUUUCCUUGUUACUAGGUAUAAGGAGUUGCGUGAUGAUGAUGCACAAGGGUUGGGUAGGUCAUCUUAUAGGAUCACUGUGCGUCAAUUGGAGUCAAUGAUCAGAUUGAGCGAAGCUAUUGCUAGAGCCAACUGUACUGAGGAAAUCACCCCUGAUUUUGUUGCUGAGGCGUAUGAUUUAUUGAAACAGUCAAUUAUUAGAGUUGAAAUGGAUGAUAUUGAAAUGGAAGAUGAUGACGAGCAACAACAAGAAGGUGGGGCAGAUGCAGAUGCAGAUGCAGAUGCAAAUGUCAUGGAUGAGGGUUCCAAUGUUGCCGAAUCGAGUUCCUCUAGAGCUGAGCCUACAACGAUAUCAUACGACAAAUACGUCUCAGUGAUGAACCUAUUAGUGAAGAAGAUUUCCGAAGAUGAUAAAGCUGGUGGAGAAGGUUUAACUGCCGAUGAGUUAGUCGAAUGGUACUUGUUACAAAAAGAAGACGAUUUGGCCAGUGAAGCCGAAUAUUUCAAGGAGAGGAAAAUCGCCUACAAGGUGUUGAAGCGAUUGGUCAAGGAUAGAAUUUUGAUGAGUGUUUCCAAUAACGAAAAUGAAGGUGAUGGUGAUGAUGAUAAUGAUGCCUCAAUGCCUGAUGGAACUAGAUCGGCAUCUACAAAAACGGUGUACAUCAUUCAUCCGAAUUGUGCCAUUCUUGAUUUCUUUGAAAGAGAUGAGAGAGAAAGCGAACAAUCUGCUUAA